CCUCGCCACUUCUGGUUUUCUUUUCUGGUCUGGGGACUACUUGCUACACAGUUUCCUCUAUAGCUCCGAUAAUGGCUUCCUCGAGACGAGCAAUGCGUCCUCCUCACGCAGCGCCGAUGUGGAUCGCCGUCAUAUUGGCGGUGUCCCUGACCCCCUUUGCGUCAGCGCUUCGUUAUGGUCAGUCCGAGCCUCCCCCCAAGCUGGACUAUGCGUCGUGCGCAGCGGAGGUGGAGGAAUGGGUGGAGGUGCAGAUGGCGGAGACCGCGGAGGUGCAGUGGCAGCGGGAGGAGCGCAGCAGCAGCGGGGAGCCAAGCAUGCCACAGACGCUCUUCUUCCUGCACGUCGCCAGGGCGGGAGGCCGGACGUUCCACCAGUGCUUCCUGAGCGUGCUCAUGCCCAGUAACGUGCAGUGCAACAUGUCGUAUCACGUGCUCAGAGACGACCCCACACUGGGCUGCCGUCUGCUAGCCACACACGACGACUACGGCAUGACCACCCAGCUGCCCCCUGGCGCCGCCACCGGAGUAACUACUCUCUUCAGGGAGCCUUUAGACCGCGUGCUGUCCAUGUACGAGUUCUCGGUGCACAUCUCUGGGAGGAGCAUGGGGCUGGACCUCAAGCAGCUGCCAGAUGAGACGCUGUACGCCGCCCGGCGCAAGAUGCGCGAGCACUACAGGAACCUGGUGCCGACCGACACGAGGAACGUGUGGCCGUGGACGCUGCUUUCUAUCGUUAUGGAAGAGGACCUGUGGGAUCGGCGCGAUUUCACUGGGAUCCCUCCCCCGCCUGUAGGCUUUGACGAGGGUCGAGUUGACAUGUACUCGCGCCCGCACCUCGUGAUGCCGCUCAGGGACUUUAUAGAGCUGCCGCUCGCCUUUGAUGUCGUGCACAACGGAGCCACCUUCCAGCUGGCGGGCAUCACCAACAACAGCGUGCUCCCAGAGGCCAAGCGGCUGAGGCAGUGCGUGCUACAGCACCCGGAGCUGGGAGAGGAGAUGCUCAAACUCGCCAAGGCCCGAGUGGACUCUCUCAUCCACCUGGGCUUCACUGACCGCAUGGAGGAGUCCAUUGAGUUGCUGCUGGCUGUGCUUGACCGCUCCUUCUCCUCCCAGGCCUUCACCCUCCCAGGCAAGAACCCCAGGGGGCGGUGCAAGAAGCCCAAGAAGUCCAAGAAGGACAAGGCAGGCGAGAUGCCGUGGAAGAGCAUCCGGGAGCAGUACAUGGAGUGCCUCAAGGACCAGAUGGAGCUCACGCAGCUGAAUGAGAUGAUCGCCUUCAGGCACAUGGGCCCACUCAAGUUCUCCAGGAAGGAGAGGGCCCACAUUCCAGCCAAUGUCAUGAAGCGCAUCAAGGAGCUCAAUGCUCUCGACUUGGAGCUCACUGAAUAUGCCCGGGAGAAGUACACUGAACUGCUGGAGAAGUAUCGCCCGAUGAUGGAGACUAUCAACGAUCCCUCCUCCGACCGCUGCUGAAGGCUCUCUCGUGCUCGCAAGCUAACGACACAUUUCAUGAUAGAGAUGAGCAGCAGUGUAAUCGUGGCUUGCAUGCUAACGACGCUCUCGUGCUCGCAUGCUAAGGACAUGUUUCAAAGCGUGUGGUGUGGUGCAAUGCGUGCAUGGCUUCUCCCCCAAAUGCCACCAUGUAUCGCGUCAAGGUACCAGGGUUGUGAUUGAUGCAAUUCGGCAAAUUCUGCCAACCAGCCCCGCCAACUUUGAUGAUAUGACAGCUUCUUUGUUUCCAAUCACAAUGAUCAGUGGUAGGCUUGGCAUUGGCAGACUUCAUGCACAUCCUUCAGGCUUGUAAUGAGGCAUCUUAAAGCGAGGACCUUGAAACCCCCCCA